AUGGUGAUGAAUAACCGUCUCUAUGAAUGGAGUGCACUCACUCUCUUACUUGUCCUUCACUUUGCAGUGUUUGGUCCAAAUAUUAUUACAAAAACUUUGUGUUCUCUUUUAUUCAUGUAUAUUGGAUAUAAUCAAUGGAGACAAAAGAGGGAUGGUGGAAUGAUUCCAAUAUUUGUAUUUAUUGCAUUGAUAUUGGCCAUGAUUGGUGACGUCUUGUUGGCCAUACCGAAUGGAUUUAUGCCUGGAGGAUUUUCAUUCUUGUUGUGUCAUGUUUUUUACACCUUGUCUUUUGUUGUGUCAUUUUGGAAGAAUUUUGUGCGAACAAGAGAACGUGUUGUGAGUGUCAUGAUUCCAGUGUUGUGUGCACUUGCUUUAUAUUUCUAUGGAUAUUAUUGUGUCGUUUUGAAUAUUCAAGAUCGAAGUGCUGAUAUUCUUGUCAUUCCCUAUUUGUAUGUGAUUUCAACCAUGACAGCCUUAUCCAGUGGAGGUCAAUCCAUGAUGACACCAAGUUCUCUUCUGUCAUUUAUCAAAAAUUUAUUGUACAAGACAUUUAUGAGAGGAGAACCAUUCUCUGAAAUGGAGAGAACAUAUUUACGAGUCAUGGGAGCUGUUUUAUUCGGAAUUAGUGACAUCUUUGUGGCUCGUCAGCAAUUUUUAGACAAAUCACCCAACAAUGCAUUGAUUGGUUUGCCCAUUUAUUAUGUGGCUCAAAAUUUUAUUGCCUAUUCGAUUUGA